GUUUGGAGGAGAGUUCAUCCUACACAACAACUCCCCCGGCUGCUAUUUCCCACGGUUUUGUUCAAUCAUCGACAUCGAUCACUGUCUGCCAGCUAGAAUUCGUGUCAUGCCUCUGCAAGGAACUGGACAUGGAAAACUUGUUGGCGACGAGGCACCGUACUUUGAGUCUCUGGCAGAGCUUGAUCAAUGGGCUAGUCUCCCCCAUGAAAAGUUGAUGGCUGUCUUGGACUAUCAGGCCCGUCCUCAGCACGUAGAAUCAUCUGAGAAACACAGAGGGAAGCUUUUGGUGUGCCACGAUUAUAAAGGAGGGUAUACAGAAUCUCCUUCCGGCCUGUGCUAUACAUUCAAUUUUUGGCCUCUUUGUGACACAUUUGUAUACUUCUCGCAUCACAGAGUUACUGUUCCUCCAUCAGGAUGGGUCAAUGCUGCACAUCGGCAGGGGGUCAAGAUGCUCGGAACAAUAAUCUUUGAGGGAUCUGGAGAAGCUGAUUGCCUCCAGCUGAUAGUAGGAUGUCCUCAAGCGGGCGCAGGCCCAGCUUUACGUACAGAUUCGAUCCCUUUGUCAAAGCACUAUGCCUCUGUCUUGGCAGAGCUUGCUCGUCAGCGUGGAUUUGACGGCUAUCUCCUCAAUGUUGAAUGUCCGCUUCAAGGGGGCCUGGAACAAGCGCGGGCCCUCGCCGGAUGGAUUUUACUCUUGAGAUCCGAGCUCGUAACCAAAGUUGGUCCCCAUGCCCAAGCUAUUUGGUACGAUAGUGUGAUAUUCAAUGGUCAACUGAGGUGGCAGGAUCGAUUGAACAGUCUGAAUCUGCCAUUCUUCCUCUCGUCUGAUGCCUUCUUUACGAACUAUACCUGGCCGCCAUCUUUUCCAGCUCUCACUGCCCAGUAUUUCAUGAGCUUGGAUCCAGUGCUCAUCAGUGAUGAUACGAAGGGGUCUUCGCUCUCCUCCGCGAAGUCUCUUCAGAGCAUCUUUACAGGGGUCGAUGUUUGGGGCCGAGGAUCGCACGGUGGAGGAGGAUUCGGUUCCUACAGGGCCAUGGCGCAUAUCGAUCCGAAAUCGCUCGGCCUGAGCGUCGCCCUUUUCGGGCAAGCAUGGACAUGGGAGAGCGAACAAGACAAGCCAGGUUGGAACUGGGAUCAAUGGUGGGAAUAUGAGCGCAAAUUAUGGAUCGGUCCCGCAGACCCUCAUGAGGUGGUCCCCGUGCCUGAUGCUCCCGGACGUCCUGGAGAGCCUGAAUGCCCUCACGGCGCGUUCAAACCAGCGUCGUCAUUCUUUGUACAUGCCACCCCUCCUGACCCUGCCCAGCUCGUCUUUUACACAUCCUUCUCUCCAGGAGUUGGGCGUUCGUGGUUUGUCGAGGGUGUGAAAGUUCUUCAGACAGAGGACGGUUGGACUGAUGUCGACAAGCAAAGUUCCCUUGGGGACUUGGUAUGGCCACGACCAUCGUUAAUGUGGGAAGACGAUGGCCGGUUAGAACCUCCCCCUUCAGCGUUGUCCAUGGUGGACAUGAGGGAUGCAUGGAAUGGAGGGAAUACUCUUAAACUUUCCAUUUCUUGUGCUGGCAGUACGGCCGAUGAUGCAUUUUUCCGGUGCAUCUGGCUACCUGUGCAGUCCUUGAAUGUGACUUCGCGUACGUCAUAUGACGUUAACAUCGUUUACAAGACUGUCGCUUGUGAGGGUACCGACCUUGACCUUGGACUUUCUGUGAAGCCGUUGAUGACGGGCGGUGGAGAUCUCUCAGAGGUCAACGUUGGGGCAUCCACUCAAUUUGAUCUCAAGAACGGUUGGACCAGACAAGUUCUUAGCUUCUCCCUCCCUCCCGGCACGACUAAUGCAUCGAUUGCCGUAGGCUUGAUCAUCGGUUUUACUGCCGAAGAUCCAUCUCAGUCACUUGAUUUUUCAGUCUCGUUAGGUCAACUAGCUGUAUAUCCUUCUUCCACCACCCACGUAUCGAAGGGAACCCCCGGCAUUUUGUGGACGAAAUUCAAGAGCACCACACCCCUCACCUUCCCCUCAACUGGUCUCAGUGGGCUCCUCACCUGGGACAUCUCAUCCUCUUUCCCACGUCUCACUCCGCGGAUGAUAUCCUCACCCGAAGACCCGAAUCCUGUGUGGAUUCUAGACGAUACUAAUGAUCGAUUCCCCUCAUUCCUCUAUUUCAAUGUCUACGUUAACCCGCACCCCCGCUCAGGAAGUAUCGCGGGGCCCGCGGCUGCGAUAUUCAUUGGAACGACAGGUUUAGAUGGGCGUGCUUAUAGAUUUUAUGUGGACCCGACGAUCUUGCCGAAGAGUGUGAUGGAUGGGAGAGGGUUACGCUUUUAUGUACAAGGAGUUACUGACAAAGGCGAUAUCUUACCAUGGGAGAUGUGUGCGCACGUGGAUUUCAUGUUCAACCUCAGAGGCCGUUGAUGACCGUGCAAGACGUUGAACACGUACCAUACUGCGAGAGGAAUUGUUUGUCAUGUAUUUGUACGUUGCUUGUUGGUUGCUUGUUGGUUGCUUGUUAUAAGAAUGCGAUGUUGGAUCCGCAGAA